GGAAGAACUGUAGAGGGUAAAAUCCGUAGAAACCAUUUUCUCUCUGCUUCUUUUUCUCUCAUCUUUGUAAACAAAACUCCGUUUUGCGUAUAAUUAUGCACUCCAAGUUGAACGGUACCAUCAAGCAACGUUGCUUUCGCCAUACUUCAAAUGGGUUCCAGAAGUAAUCUCGACUGAUUAUUAAGAGGAAGAAGAAGGUAGAUUGGCUGCCAUUGAAGAUAGUUUCCUUUUCCUUCAUUCCCCUCCAUUUCCCCUCUGAUUGAUCGAUUAGCUCUGUAAUCCCACAUUUGAGGAGCUGGGUUUUGCUCCGAAUUUGGUGAAGGUGAAGGGGAAUUUGUGAAGUUGUUGUUACUGUAAAUGGAGAUUGAAGUGGGGACUGUUGGUGGAUCCAGUCCCAUCGGGCGUCAGUUCAAUUACACUGGACUUGAAUCGCAUCAAUUCUGUGAAGAAAUUCAGGGGUUGAUGACGAUUCCGUCGGAAAAUGCUAGCUCCUUCACCGCGCUUCUUGAACUUCCGGCAACGCAGGCUUUAGAGCUUCUCCACUCGCCGGAUUCCGCGGAGGUUAAGAAGGAUGAUUCCGUUCACUACCGUGUCAAAGACGUUCCGAAACCCUACUUCAGUGCCUUAAAUUGCAAUUUGACCUUCCCGACGAACUCGCCUCUAAACGAACACGACGCCAAAUUCUCUGUCGUGGCUGAAGAACACUCGCCGGAGACGACGAGUUCAGUGCCGUUGAAUUCGAGCGUCAGUUUGGAGAAAGUGAAGAACGAGCCCACCAUUGAAACCGAUUCGAACCCUAAUCACUUGUAUCCGAAAAUCUCCGACCCGACGGUGGAGAACAACACGAAUCAGAGAUCGGUGAAGAGGAAGGAGCGCGAGAAAAAGGGAAAAGGGUCAUCAAAGAAGAGCAAGAACGAGAGCCAGGAAGAUGCAGAGAAGCUCCCGUACGUUCAUGUCCGAGCCGGCCGUGGUCAAGCGACAGACAAACAUAGCCUAGCAGAGCGAGCAAGGAGAGAGAAAAUCAAUGCUCGGAUGAAGCUACUUCAAGAACUGGUCCCUGGAUGCAAUAAGAUCUCAGGUACAGCUCUAGUGUUGGAUGAAAUCAUCAACCAUGUACAAUCGCUGCAGCGUCAAGUGGAGUUCUUGUCAAUGAGGCUUGCAGCCGUUAACCCCAGAGUUGAUUUCAACAUUGAUAGCAUAUUGGCUGCAGAAAACGAACCCGUACACGAAAGCAACCUUCCAACCAUGGUUACGCCAUUGAUGUGGUCAGAAAUCUCCCCAAGUGGAAGCAGACAACAAUAUCAACAGCAAUGGCAUUUUGAUGCAGCAGUAGUUAACCAGCUAGCCGGGGCGAGGGACGAGCAUAACCUUCAUACUUUCAGCACUCCUGAAAACUCUCUUUUAAGUUACGACUCUUCAGCAAAUUCAGCAACCGUACGCUCAAAAUCAGUUGAAGAUGGAGGCGCGAAGGCAGCAUUAUAUUUUAGUUGUAGGUAGCAGCAGUGUAUAUAGGGGGAAAUAUAUUAAUAGUGAUAGGAGUAAGCAGAGAAGUAGAGAAUCUGCCUCCACGUUCAACUGGGUGUUCAAGGGGAAGAAGACGACGAAGAAGACGACGAAGAAGACGAAGCCGGGAGGAAUUUGAUUUGGUAUCUAAAUUUUUAAUGUGUAUACUAAUUUGGAGGCUGCUUUGAUUGAAGCCAAUACUCAAGACUGUCAGACUAAAAUUCUACUGAUUGUUAUUGCUACUCUUUCUC